UCUGAUUCAAAUCCCCGAUGCUGGUUACCUGGAUGACAUCAGUCAGCGGUCCGGCCUGGCCGUAACACAACCAGCAUCACAUCACCUCUCCACGUUUCCAAGUAGCUGCCAGUGGAGAGCCUCAUCCUCCUCUCUGCGUUCAUUGGCGACACGAGACGCCCAUCACACGCAGCCAGCUCCGGGUCAUUCCCUAUCCGCGUCCUCCGUCGGAAAUGGCCGCGUAUUCCCUCUCCUCCAUUGGACCGAGCCGCUGUCGGUUUCCCUCACGCUGAACACCUCUCCGCCUCUCCGGCUCUCUGUCUGCUGAGACCGCCGUCAUAUUGGCUGCUAGAAGCAGCAGCGACCACGGCAGAAAAGAAGACCCCCACCAUGAUGAAGAACGGGUUUUCGCGGCACUUAAAGAACAAUUUAGCCUUUUAAAUAUUUUUCAGUACUAUUUAACUAUUCGUUUUAAAAUAUUCGGGAUGAUACCAUCAAGUAUCCGAGUACCUUUAGUGCUUUCAUCCGACACCGUGGUCCGCAAGGGGGAUGUAUGCCUGACUUCUCUUAAUAGCCAUUUUUUGCAGACAAAGAGAGCUUUUGAAUAGAGCUUUCAAAAGGCACAAGGGUCCCAGGGGCUCCAAUUGAUGAAGAAAGUGGGCAACAUGUGGAGCAACCUGAAGAGCAAAUGCCAGACACUCUUCCACAACAGCAGUUCGGGACCCGGUGAAAGCAGGGUUGAGGCCGAUGCCGUCCACUGUGUAUUGGAUCUUGGCCAAGGAGGCAGCUCAGGUGAGGCGCAGGCAUCAGGAGCCUCGAGCCCAUCACGGAGCCUCCUGCCGGUGCCAAUGGUAACAGCAGGACGGCGCCAUCAUAACUGUGUGUCUGACAUCCCUCAGAUAGUAGAGAUCACCAUCGACAAGGACACUGAGGAUGUGCGAGGAGGACCAGGGGGUGUUCCUCUGGCCCGGAGAGACUCCUAUUCCCGUCAUGCUCCAUGGGGGGGCAAGAAAAAACACUCAUGUUCCACCAAAACCCAGAGCUCUCUGGAGGCAGAUAGGCGGUCUGGGCGCUUACGGGGCAGUGGGAACCGUAGGGACAGGCGUUACGGAGUGUGCUCCAUCCAGGAGAUGAGCGACUCUGUAUCUGGAGGACGCAGUCUGAACGCUCGGUCUUUGCGCCAGCGGCUAAGUGAUACAGUAGGGCUGUGUUUACCCCUGCCCACUCGCAGACGCUCCCGCUCAUCUAAGAACCCUGUCACCUCGAAACGCAAGAUUCACCUGACAGAGCUCAUGCUGGAGACUUGCCCCUUCCCACCAGGCUCAGACCUCGCACACAAGUGGCACUUGAUCAAGCAACACACAGCACCGGUCAGCCCGCAUUCCUCCACUGCCCUGCUGGAUGCCUUUGACCCAGCCCACCCCUCUCCUGAGGAUGAAGAGGAACGUCUGCGUGAGCGCCGCAGACUUAGCAUCGAGGAAGGUGUGGACCCACCACCUAACGCACAGAUCCACACCCUGGAGGCCUCAGUGCCAGGCUCCUCUCUCUACAAACUGGGACCAAAGAUGGCUCCUGGCAUGGGAGAGGCCUCUGGGGAAGGCCGGGCCUCCGGUGCUGGCAGCUCUGUGGGUGCUGGAUCAUCAGGAGCCUGUGUGCAGGUGUUGGGGGCUGCAGCUUCAGCCCAAGACUGUGACUCUGAGGAGGAUUCGACCACCCUCUGUCUGCAGGCCAGGAGGCCCAAGCAGAGGCACGCCUCUGGGGAGGGUCACCUGAGCCGGCAGCAACCUGGGCCCUGGAAGGUUCACACCCAGAUAGACUACAUCCACUGCCUGGUGCCAGACCUAUUGCACAUCACAGCUCUGCCCUGCUACUGGGGCGUGAUGGACCGCUACGAGGCUGAGGCGCUGCUGGACGGACGGCCUGAGGGCACCUUCCUGCUGCGUGACUCGGCCCAGGAGGACUACCUCUUCUCCGUUAGCUUCCGCCGUUACAACCGCUCGCUGCACGCCCGCAUCGAGCAGUGGAACCACAACUUCAGCUUCGACGCCCACGACCCUUGCGUUUUCCACUCUUCCACCGUCACAGGACUGCUGGAGCACUACAAGGACCCCAGCGCCUGCAUGUUCUUCGAACCGCUGCUUACAGCGCCUCUCCAUCGGACCUUUCCCUUUGGCCUGCAGCACUUGGCACGAGCCGCCAUCUGCCGCUGGACCACUUACGAUGGUAUAGGCUCUCUGCCGCUGCCCCCUGCCCUGCAGGACUUCCUCAAGGAGUAUCACUAUAAACAGAAAGUACGAGUUCGCUGGCUGGAGAGGGAACCGCCACUCAAGGUCAAAUAGGGUGGCCUUCUCCAUUGCCUGUACACACACUGCAGGAGGAUUACAGAACUUUAGAAAUUCCUCAUUAGCCAAUUAGAGGCUAUACUGACAUGGCUCUCUUUCUGGUGGGGGAUGGAAUUUAAAUGUAACAAGCUAUACAAGAUUCAUUCUAAUCUUUGUUUUAGUUAUUACUUACAUCACAGAAAAUACAUAUGAUUAUAUUCAGUAUAACGCUGUCUGGCAAGCACAUGUUUUUGUGUUGAACAGGUUGUUUUGACAGGGAGGGAAGGCACAAAUAUCAGCGCUUUGUGUCUUUUCUCUCUUGCUUUGUGCUAAAUGUCUGCCUGAUCCCACGACAUCACCCUGCCUGUAGACCUGCCUGCAUGCCUCCCUUGUUCAUCCUAAAUUGCUAUUUAGGCCCACAUGGCUACAUUGUACAGUUCACUUUGUGCUUUCUCUUUUUUUUUUCUUCCUUAGCUUGUUAAAGCACCUAGUGGAGCACCCUCCCAAGAGGGUUUUAAGCUCUGUGUGUGAGUGUGUUUGCGUGCGCGUGUAUGUGUGGGUUGAGAGGGCAACUGGAGGUGCUAUUGGUAUAUUGCAGUCAGAGCCUGUCCCAUGGAUAGAACUACAUAAGGCACAUUCUUUGCCAUCUCUUUGCACGCGUGAGCAUCAGCCAAACCAGAGACAGGGACAGAUUCUGGGAGGGUCCACAGAGUUCAGGACAGCACAUCAGGGAAAUGACGUGCUUUCUAAGGACUAUAGAUUAGUCCUUUUAAAAACAAAAAAAAAACCACACGUUCCUCCUUAAGCAGUAAUGGUGAGUGAUGAAUAAUAAAUCAGUCUACUGUGUCCUAUUUAGUGGGCAAGCUAAACUCGUCAGCUUUAUUCCCUCUGUGCGGCAUUGCUUUCAAAGCAGGAGGGACACGUAAGGAAAUAUUCAGACAGUUCUUGUCAUUGUUACAGUUGUCAAAGCAGUCUUCAGCCCUGUGCACACUGCUUUGCAUGUAUGUAGCUCCUAUGGAAACAUUUUGAGCAGUCUGGUCUGGUGUCUUUAUGGAGUUGUGUUAUGACCUUUUUAUAGUGUUUAGUUUUAUACCCGCUUCCUUCAGUUUGCAUCUUUUGGUGGCAUCCAGCAUAUUCAGAAGGAUUCAACCCCUGUGCAUCCUAGAUGGUUAUUUUUCUUCACAACACACUGAAACAAUGGUGCAGAGAGCAUUGCACUUUGGUUAGAGGGAGGAAUGCUAACAAGUCUUUUCAGAGGAAGUGAGGGAAGGUGUGACAAGUGGAAGGGGAAGACAAACAAUGAAAAAUCAAUGUCCCUUUUAAACAUGCUCUGCUCUUACUACAGAGGCUCGUUUAGGAAUGGGCUGUUGUAUUGGAGACCCCAGAUAGUCAAAGAUCAUGGAGAGGGGAGCUAACCCGAUGCAUAGACUGCUUGUUAGAACUGUGAACUUCCAUCGCAAGACCCCUUCCUUCUAUUUUUUUAAUGAAGCCAUGUUAAAUAUAUCGAGCCGUUGUUAUGAAGAGCACCCAACCUGAAAGAGGCGAUACCCCUUCCACUUGCAACUUAUUACUCUAAGGUGUCAACCACAACAAAUCCCCUCAUUGCCCAGUCGCAUUUAUAGUCAUAGCAUCGAGUGCAGGCAACACUCAAGCCUGGAGGGGUUGGCAUAUCUCUGAGAGCUUUAGUUAUGGAAUCUGAAUGAUCUUGGUUGUGUGACUUGGGACAAAAACCCUGCUGGCUAGCCACUCAUUUCUGCUCUCACUGUGAAGAGAAACUAAGUGUAACCUACGUGCCUUUUCUAGAGAACCAUUUAUCUUGUUCCAUAAUCAGUCACUCUGUAGUCCGAACCUGGAGCGGGAGGUGCUUCAACACGGUGGAUGCCAUCAAAUGAGACUGAAGAGAAUAAUAACGCCGAUCUAAGCUCACUUACUAAUGGUGCACGUUACAGCCUUUGUAACGGAUAUUAGUGGUGCUAUGUUGGUUAAGCUACGACACAUUAAUGAAUAGUUGUAAAUUAGUUACAGCUGUUCUCACUAAUGCAUGCAUUAGUCUUCUUGCCACAUUAUGGCCUGUAUGGUAGGAUUAGGUUGUUAGUGGGUCCAAUGCCAGCCCUACUGUAGCAUAUAUUUCAUUGCAAAAUAUCCUGUAUUUAUGUCCAGCCCUUCACAUGUGUAGGUUCUGGUCUGCAUCUUAUGAGAGGACAUGAAGGUUCAACUUCUGAUGACAUUGCCCAAGUUAGCCAUCAGCAACAGUGUUUAAACUAACUCGUAAUUAUUAUUAAUUACACAUUACCAGGCUUUAAAAACAAACAAAAAAAUGAUCCCCACUCAUGGAGUGGUUUGCUUCAAGGCAUUUAGAGAAAACAUAAAUAUGAUUCGUUUGAAAGUAUGUAGAGGAAAAUCCAGGAGGUGAUGUGUAAAAUAUUGAAGCUGAAACGCACAAAAUCCCAAUCACUGGAAAGAUCCUCGAGCCAGCCUAUCAGCCUGUACAUAAUCAUGUUAUUGUAGUUCUCAUCAUCGAGGAUGAAUCACGAACAAAUGUCAGUGCGUCCUCUUUUCCCCAUGAACAUCCCAGUCUGUGACCAAAGCUCUCGCACACAGCUAUCUGUAAUAACUCGCAGGCUGAAGCUCAUUAAUAUGCUCAGUGGUGUUAAAACAAAGCUCAGUUCUAUUUCAGAUUUACAGACCAGUGAAAGUUAGUUUCAUUCUGCAAUAUGCUAAACUGCUAAUAUAUUCAGAGGGGAAAACCUGGCUGUGUUAAGCUCACACCAACACCCCCGAAUUCAAUUUCACUCAUUUAUCAGGCAGGCAACAAGACGCCUUUUACUGCAGGUGAUAAAAAGUAAUUGUUUUAGUUGUUUCUCAUAUUUUACGAACCCUUUCCCCCCCCCCCUUCGUCUACUGCAUCUGCAAACAUUUCCUCAUAUAAAAGUUUUUUUCCCCUGGCCUGCACUUUGUCCUCAGAAAGCUUGAAUUGUGCAUGUUGAUCACAUGUAUGCGUCACAGUGGCAGGAGUGUGGAAUAAGGUUGACAUUUGGUUCAUGUUUCCACACUGUCAAAGAGAAGAAAUGUACAUCUAUCUGAAAAGCCAUGCAGUGUACUAUCUCGCUCACCGUCACCUGCCUAUUAGCAAUAGCAUACAACUUGUUACAGUGCCCCACCCCUCUCGCAGGCACUAAUCACAGGCUAUUUUUACCAUGUUGGGAUAUAAAUUUACUGGGUAUUAAAAGGGCCACUGUGUGUUGCCUUAUGGCUGCUGUGUGGCCGAGAGAGGCCUUUUUUUUUUGUUAUUAUUAUAUCCAACUGCUCUCUCUCCAUCUGGCCACAUCCCCUAACAUCCCUGUGCUGAUGUGGAGGUGACUGCGGUGUAGAGCGAACUAAGGCCUGUUUGUCCUACCCUCCACUCUACCAUCCAACCCUGUCAGAGCUGAAGUUGACGUUAGACUGAAGUUAACAUUAAGGAGGAAGAGGAGAGCCGGAGCGAGGCUCACAGAGAGGCCUGGCUUCCUGUUGUGGCAACGGCGUGCUCGCAGAGAGGCCUGGGGAUUUGUUGAAGUAAAUAGCACUUUAAUUGUGUAUUUGUGUUCUACAGUGCAGCGUGCAAGUAUUAGGACAGUGACGUGUUACUUUUUAGUUGUGUUUGCUCUUUACUCCAGCAUGUUGAAAUGACAGUUGGGGCUUAGUGACAACUUUGCAUCCAUAUUGGGCGAACAUGGGAGGAGUAGUUUUCUUACUUUUGGGGAUUGUACCCAAUUUUCAGUCAAUCAAUGCUGAAUUUUAUGACAUGCUCGUGUAUGUGAGCAGACACCUUGCCUCUGGUGAUGACCUGCAUAGUUUGGAACAUCAUCAUUCCUGCCUGUUUUGGUCUUUUUGCCUUCAGGCUGCUCUCAAGUAAGUGAAACAUCCUCAUUUGGACAGAGGACAAGUGCUUGUCACUCAUUGGUUGCCUUGUGUGUCUGUCGAGGAUCAUUCACCUGCUUUGACCUUUCACUGGGCAUUUCAUCUAAAGAGAUACAAUUCCUCCUCUUUACGUCUCAAUAUGGAUUCAGGCACUCGAACAUACUAAAAUCUGAGAGUUAGCACUUUAACCUUUUUGUUCCAUCACCAAUAUGCGUCACUACAGAGCCAAAACAACCGAAACUUUCCCACUGUCCCAAUAUUUCCGGAAAGCACUUCUUGUGUUUUAGCUCAAGAUGGCGAGACAUGUGUGAGUGUUAAGAGAAAAGCCGACGGCCUUGAGAUAUUUCAUUUGUGUUCAGGCGUCGUGCGCUGCUGCGUCGACGGAGGCGUGUUCUCCACCAUGCUGCAGUCUCGGUGCAUGCGUGUGUGUCGUGUGGGAGUGUAUUAGUGUACGGACAGAGCCACACGGAGGGUUCCAGUGGAGGGUGAUGCAGAGACUGUGAGGGGUGAUGACAGAGACUCCUAUGAACAAUGACUCUUUGCUCCCCCCGCCCGCCAUCCUAAACCCUACCCCUUAAUCUCAGGCAGGCCCCAUUGCAAGGAGAGUCCCAGGACCCUCUCAGCCCAGUUUUCCCCAUGGGAAAUAUCUGACAUUAACCGUAGCACAUGUUUGCCAUAUAACCUGUAGACUUAGAGGAAAAGCAAAAAACAACAAAAAAACAACAUUGUAUGUAUGAUGAAUGAUGGAGUUCUAUAAUAGGAGCCUGAUGAAAAGAAGUUUUAUUCUUCUGUGGUGCAUUAACUGAACACACAUACAUUUUGCACACACUUGCUAUCACACUUCUUCGGACACCUGCACUACCCCAGGUUAUUGACACACAUCCACCCACCCCUAAGACAGGGAUGUGUAAACAUGGACCACAUUUAGCCAGCACCACCUUUUUGUGUUACUCCCCCUCCCCCACAAAAAAAACAGGGGAAAGCAAAGACGGGUGUUUAUGUGUAUAUUCUUUGUUCUUAAGAAAAAAAACAAAACAACAAAAUGCCGUGAAUUGAAAUAUUUUGACCUUUUGUUGUCAUUAAUGACACUAUUUAGCUGCACUAUGAGCGCCUCGUUUGUGGCAAGAAACCACUGGGUCUGGUCUGGAUGAGAGACAGGCUGGUUGUGUCGCUAGCUGUCCCAUAAACUACAGCAACAGCCCCGGAUAAAGGACUCCUUACCCCCACUCAACCCUACCCCACCCCCACCUCGGUACGACUCAUGGUUUUAGCUCUUAGAGGACAAACAAAAAAAAAAAGAUAUUUUAAAAAAAAAUUUCCAAGUUCCCAUAUAUAUUUUAGAAAGCUGGGUUAAGUGCUAUAUGCAAACAGAAAAAGAUGUAUGAAAGAAUUAUUAUUUUUCAUUAUUACUUCUCCCUAAUAUGCAAUUGAGUGUAGUGUAACAAUGGUUGCAAUCCUCUGUCACUUUAAUGCUGUAUGUGCACAUUGGUUGCUGUGUGGAUGUGGGUGCCGAGACAACAGGACUUGACAAUGAUGGGAACUAAUGGUUGUCACUCUGCAGCACCGGCGUGUUACCAGACCGCCUUAUUCGUUCUGACCAAUCACAAGAACCCCCCCCCCCCCCCCCGUUUUUUUUUAAAUUCCCGGGGCAGCAGCCACUGCCACAGGCUGAUCGAGCUGUCGUCAGACGAAUAUCGCUGUUCCAUUUUCUUCUGCUUUUCCUCGCCAGUUUUUUCUUUUUCUUUCCUUUUUUUUCUCUUUUUUUUCUGUCAGGUAGGAUUUGGAGCGUGUAAAUGGCAUAAUCAUGUUCACAUUUCACUGUCUGUUCUGUGUAUCUGCUUCACCAUUCAAAGAGAAAAAAACAGUUGUUUUCCAGUAUAACCUGUUCAUUUUUAAGAGCCGUAUGAUGCGACACUUGUAGCUGUCACUCUUGGUGCUUGGCUUAUGCUUCAUUGUCUUAAUAUUCCAAAUAAAACUGUUAAGUGUAAUCCACACUGGCCCAUGAUAUAA